CCAAUCUACCCUCAUCAAAGCAAUUUCCCCCAAUCUGCUCUGCAAGCGACCGCCAAAAACCUAGAACUCUGUGUUUUCAAUUUUCUCUCACAUGAUCAUAUCAACAUUAAUUCAGCUAGAAAAAUGGCUAGAAACAACAACAGCAACAGCGAGGAGCCAAAUACAGCUCCAGAGCCAGAUCGCUGGUACAACAUAACCUUAGGCCCUUCCUUUAAAGACCACCGUAGCCAUCCCUCUUCCAAGUUCUGCACUUUGCGUUAUGAAUUUAAACCAGCUUCAAUUGAUAAGAGUCAACCAGGAUCUCUCCACAAGGGAAAAAAUAAAAAGGUUACUGUCGAGUAUCACAACAACCAAUAUGGAAAGCCCAAAGUAACAUUUGAGGGUGUAAGUGAGGAUUACAAGGAAAAUGAUGCUGUUUUCUUCCUUGAUGGAGAGACAUUUCGCUUGGAGCGUUUGCAUCGUGCAGUAAAGAGGUUAAGGCAUGUUCGGCUACCAGGUGAGAAUGCAGCUGCUGUGGGGUCGGCUACAUUGGCUGCACCAGCAGUUGAAACACAUUCUCCACCAGUUACUAAAGCAACAAAUCAACAGUCUUUGAACAAAGGGAUAGCUUAUCAAAUGCAAGCUCAUGUUGAACAGGUUGGCAUUGGUGACUCAGAGAGCUUAGGUGCAGAACCUAAGGAAGAGAAGACUCUGGAGCCUCCAUCACAUCCUUCUAAUGCAUCAGCUGUGUCACCGGAUCUUAAGGAUUAUGAACCUGAGGAGGAUUUAGACAUAGUCAAUGUCCAUGAUGAUGGUUACGGAACAGCCAAUAGAGACAAUGUUUCUGCAAAGGGAUCACGCACUGGUCUCGACAUUGAUAUUAACUUGCCACAUCAGGCUGACACAGAUGAUGAGAUUGCUGAUGUGGAUAUUAGUGAUAAUGAAACUGACAAAGGCCCCAAUGCAGCAGAAGCCCUUAGAGCUCAGGUGAAUGCAGAAGUGAGGAAGGAACAAGAUUUAAGCUCGAGCAGUAGUAGUGAAAGUGAUAGCAGUGCAAGCGAGAACGGGAGCGGUAGUGGAAGUGGGAGCGGUAGUGGAAGUGGGAGUGGUAGCAGUAGCGGUGAUAGUGAAAGUAGUGACAGUGACUCAAUCAACUCUAUCUGAAUGGUGCGAAUCAUUUUAGUUUGUCAGAGACGGAGUUUUAAUGACUAGCUGACAUAAUAUAGGUCUUGUUGAAUUCAGCAUACAGAUUGGAGAGAAGCGUAAAAGUAAAACCAUGACUGAUGUAGUAUUUGAGUCUUGAGCCGAAUCCAAGUGCGUCAAAUUCUUACUGUAUAGAGUUAGCUUAAGAUUUUAGCUUGCUUUGAAUCUAGUUAGAUCAUUGUAAUUCUUAGAAGUUCAUAGAAAUGCAGUUUAUGUAUUAAAUUAUGGGUUAAGUGAUGGCUAUGGUUGAUUCUUAGAUCAACUGAUUAGAUUAGAUGUUAUUUAUGCAUGUACCACUGACUAUAUUUGUAAGAUUAAGAUGUACAUAUAUGGAAGGAAACUAUUCUGCAGAAUGUAAUAUGGAUUUUUUA